CUGUUUGAUUGUUAAGUGCUCUCAUCACCGUCCAUCCAGUGUCUCAUCCCUCCCUCCCAUCACCCAAAAAUGACCCGUCGGCGAAUCAGUCCAUGUCUCUGUGACUCGUUGUCGCUGCUCGCCCAUCAUCUAUUGAAUCUCUCUAACGAAUGCACAUGCACGCAAAGGCCCUAUGCGUAUGAAUGAACCACCCAGAGACAUGUACACACGUUCAGUCAAAUGAUCGCAGCGUUCCUCUCUUGAGUAGAAGGGAGGAAGCUCAAUGCAUCAACACACGCGUCCAUCCUCUCUCGUGAGUGGUCGAUGAGUGAAUGGAGGAGUGACUUGUACGAUGAUGGGUGAAAAAGUGGCAAAAGUGACAAUCAUCGAAUGAGGCACAGCCAUUCAAGUUAGCUAAUUGACAUGGUUCAAUCUGCCUGACAUGUCUUGCCUUAUGAGAUUUACGUGCGAAAAAUCGAUACCAAAAAGAAUACUUACGAAAAAUCGAUACCAAAAAUAGAACAGACAGCCACCAUAGAGACGACCACAGAUAGAGCACAGUGAUCGACCAAAGCAUAGAACGAACACAGCGAACAAAACGCGCCGUCAACGCAGUCGCAAGAGACAGCCACAACGAAUUGAUUACAGCGGCGAAUUGCUGUACUUCGGAAAAACUGACACCAGCAGCUCAUUCGCCGUUGUCAACUAAGUUCCUGAUGUCGGGUGAACAUGAGACAACACUGAAUUCACCGGACAAUCACGGCAGGAAGGAAUUGCAGGAAGGCACGACAUAACACGACACAUCAUCGACUCUGCCCACCUCUCGCCCCGUCUCCUUAACAAACCAUCCGGAAGAAGAGCAUGUGUACUCGAUAUCAUCGCUCUGGCCCAUUGACCAGCAGAAGUCAGCCUUUUGCAACUCACAGGCGUCUUCAGACUUUGCCCAUCGAGACUCAUCACCGUUUCUGGCUGUACUCCCCCGCUGGGCUCAGCAUCUUCCCAAAACGAUGCCGAUUGUCUAGGAAUAUAGAUCGCCCGUCGCCACACCAGCCGUCGCCCACUCCCAUGACCCGGAGUGCGUCCCGCUCCUUGUAAUCACGCCUCACCAUAAUGGAUGAAGACCAGCACUUCACAGGCCACAGCCCCCGACGCUCGCCGGUGACCAACUUGUCGCGGUCCUCCCUGUGGUAGGAGCCCUUAAACAUGCCUUCUCGCCAAUUUGGCCGGAAACAGGCCUUGUCGACCCCAAAGUUGGCUUGGUCACCGUCGGUCACGCCCAACGGUACCACUGAAGGCAGGUCGUCUUGCACAAGCUGCUGAACGAGGUCGUGUUGUUGAACGACAAAAUCGUUCUCGAUAAGUAACAGAUGCGACGCCUUGACCUGACGCAUGAUACGAAACGCUCGUUUGUGGGCCUCUUUGCCGCGGGAUGUCUCUCUGUGCUCGUGAACUGCCGCAAAUCUCAGCUUGAAGUUCUCGUCAAGCCGCAGAUCGCAGGACGGGCCGCUCGACACAAAAAGGUCCGUCCUGCCAUGGUCCACCUCCAUCGCCAUCAAGCCCUCGACGAACUCCCAGCUGCUGUUGCCGGUCGGGUGCGCACAAAUCACCGCCAGGACCAUCUUCGGCUGUUGAUAAGGCGAUGUGUCCCUCUCGUACCAGACUGAGCCCUCUUCAUUCGUCCAUGCCCCAGCCUCCAAGAGCACCAAGUGAUAGAAGAGGUCUUUCCCGUGUCCGUUCCCAUGCAACAGUGCUGCGGCCUCCUUGCCGUCAGUGCGGGCGAAGGUCAGUCCAUGCACAUCCCUCUCUCCAUCUCGCGAGCGAUAAGUGGUCGGCGCGAGCUUCCACUCGUCCGGAUCCAUGCGCGUGAGCGCCUGGAAGAGCGGACGCUCAUAGUCCAGCUUAAUCGUCACCCCAUGACCAACGUCAUUCUUCAGAAACCGACGAGUGAAGAACAGCUGAUCGUCCUGCCCGGAUGGAUACUUCUCCAGACAGAGGGAUAGAGCACCCGCACGACCUGCAUACCCGCCGGAGUUGAGGAAUCGGUACGCGUCUUUGGUCGGCGGCAUGGGAUAUUCGUCCUUGAGGCGCCGGUCGGGCCAUAAUCCGAGCUCGCUGUCGAUAUGUGGCCAUGGGCAGGAGACAGAAGGCAGACAGACAGACAAGGACACACGUAGAUAUGUGUGGGCUGUCUGCGUGACUGGUGACUUAAGUGCCUCACCUGGAGACGAUGAUGGUCGUGUUGUCAUUGUCAGGUAUGAGCAGACGCAGACGUCGCUCCAGCUCUUCAUUUGGCACCCGCAGGACCCCGUCAUACCUGCAGCGGGUGAGAGAUCAAGCAAGGGGCUCUUGCUCAGCAACUGUUUUCCACACCCACCCAUCAGUGAAGACGACCAACAAAUCUGGAUCCUGCUGGGACAGCCAUCGCCUCAUGACCUCAAGCUUGAUUGUUCUGGGGUCGCCUUUGCGUUUCUUCUCGUUCUGUCCGAUGGUCACUAGGUCCACACCGUAAUACCUUGCUGUGAGAAGGACAAAACACACAAAUCAACAGACAGAAUGACGUGCUGAGACUUUCCCUCCCACCUGAUCGCGACAACGCUCUAUAGCCCGGGUUCGUUUGAUUUUGCCCCACUGUGACGAGAACGAAGGGCGGAAGAGACCCGUCGGCUGAUGAUAGCGCCACCUGCAGGACAUGUGCACGUGCAUAAAUGUGCACUGCACUCAGCGCAGCUCACUUGUUGUUGGUCCGCUGCAUCGGUCCCUGACGGACAACUGACGAUGCCUCUCAGCUGAGAGGUCAGCCAUCCCCGCCGACUGACAGACAGACCGACCAGAAAGGAGAUGAGGAACACGCUCAGCGACGCUGCGGCGAAAAGGAAGAGGUGACGAAAGACGCGCGACAUCCUGAAGAGGGAACGAAUUACGCCGUUCCGGAAAGAAGGGGGGACACGGCGAGGCGAGAG